UUGCUGAAUGAGACAAUGUGGUCUUCUUAAAGCAGGGAAAGGCGAGUAAAGGAGAACCGUAAGGAUGUCGGGGCCUAUAACAGAUGGUGAAGGGAGAGUCUUGACACUUGAGGAUCUCAUUGAGGCGCUGGACAAGAGGGAAAGGACGCCAAGCAAUGUCCCCAAAGUCAACACUUUCCACUUCAACGGGGAACGAGUCUCUGAUUGGUUGGACUUGGUGGAGCAAGACUUGGUGGGGUUACCGGAUGAAGUAAAAUUCAAGCGCAUCCUGAAGUAUGUACUUCAUGUCCACCAUCAGGAGGUGGAGAAGGUUGUAAACGCGGGCAAUGACAGCUGGGCACGAUUUAAGGAUGGGAUGCGGAGGAAGUAUAGGCUGGGCGAUGGAUUGCUGACCAUGGCGGACCUAGAAGCCAUGAACAGGGAUGACUUCACCACGGUGGCGGCGUUCGUGCAAGAAUUUAAGAAGAAGGCGAGAAAGGUUCAUGGCAUCUUAGAGGAAGCCCAAUGUGCUAUCUUUCUGGGGCUACUCACCGCCGCGGAGGCCGCGGAACUAAUAAGCCAUGGAGGAGGAAGCGAGAAACUUACGUGGGCCACUAUUGACAAAGGCGUAGCAGAAGGGAGUUUGGACGAGGUGGAACAAUACCAGAUGCGCCUGCAAAGGCGUAAGCGGAAGGAAAGGGAUGCCACAACCUCCGAAACCCCGGGAGUGAGAAGGAUUGUCACUGACGUGCUGACGCAACUGGGUUGUGGGAAAGAUGGGGUAGUACAGAAAAAGGUAGUGACGGUGGUCCAAGGACGACCCGGGGUGACCACCGUGGGAUCAGGCCUGCGGUCAAGGAUGAUAACCAGACCUCCUACGCCGCAAGGAAUACUAGCGCAGACUGCUCGUACCCGAGGUUGGGCUAAGGCCGGUGCAAGCCAAGAGCCUCCUCGAAAAGAACCUGAACCAGAGAAGAGAAAGGAAGUAGUAGAAGUGGAGGAUGAUGACGAGGAGGAAGAAGAGGAUGAAAGGUUGCGCCAAGAGGAAGAUCAGAGGGCGGAACAGAGGGCUAGAAAGAGAGAGGCCAGGGAAGAAGUAGAGCCGAUCAUGCGAGAUGUGCCGCCCAAAAAGAGAAAAUAUACGGUUCGGCUGGAAGAAGGGUUCGACGUGGAGAGGGUGAUUGAUAGGUUGUUGGAGGGUCACAACGACCUUAUGACCCUAAAGGAGAUCUUGGCGUCGGCACCUAAGCUCCGUGACGGACUGAAGGGGAGGUUGUCGCGGCGCCUGGUACCCAGUGUCCAUCUAAGUAUGAUUUUGCCUAAGGAAGCAGAGUGGGUAGAGACGGGGACAAAGAUGGACUGGAAGUGCGUAGCUUGUGACACGGUGGAUCUGGUGGUAAAGAGCUCCAAAUGCUCAGCCAUGGUGGAUACGGGAGCGAAAACGAAUAUUAUCCGGGAGGCUGACGCGAUCAGGUUCGGAUUGGAGAUAGACCGCUCGGAUUGCGGUAUCCUGCAUGGAGCCAACUGCAAAGCGGUGUUUUGCGGGACAGCCUCGAAUGUACUUAUCGAGGUUGGAAGAGUAAAGGUCAGGGCAUGCUUCUUCGUUAUGCCUAACGUGGAUCACAGGAUUCUCUUGGGGAGGUCCUUCUUAUGCAGGACAGGGACAUUGAUGUUCAACAAACACGGUGGGACUCUGAUCCUUAUCAUGUGUGACCCUGCCUGCGGAAAUUAUGAGGUGAGUACCUGCAGGAAUACAGGGCCUCGAAGCGUAAGGAACCGGCCCAAUCCGCGCUCAUUCACGAUUGAGGAGUCAGAAGGCGAGCGCCGGAGACUCUUUGCGGAGCCAGAAGAGGAGGAAAGAAUCGAGGCGUUUCCCCUCAGUCUGUCGGACGUAAAUAAGGCCAUGGACAUAAUGGCCACGCAUGAGAUGGCGGAUCAAGACGCCAUCCAGGCAGUGAGAGAGCAAGUCCUGGAAUGCCCCCAGGCUGGGGAGUUGGACUUGGUGUAUCGACUUCCAGAAGGGAGGAGGAACCCGGCGUCUGACUUUACGAAGGCAGUCAUGCCAAGAGGAGGGAGGGGGACGCGACCGCCACGGAGGCCGUCGGGAGCAUCAGGAGGUUACGAGCGGCAUGGGUCUCACCACCGAGAGAGUACGCCAGUGCACGACGAUGGGGAUAUUGAGUUGUUCCUGGACGAGUUCUGGGGGAAUGCAGAUCAUAUGGGUUGGACUAUGACCCAGGCGAUCGAGAGGCUGAGAGGAGCCGGCAGGUUCGCAGAGCUCAUUGCACAGAUUCAUAGGGAGGCGAGGACGAGGCCAGAGGUGGAGGCGAGGAUGCAGGAGCUACGACCGUCACCUGUGGGACCUAACGGCAGACCGAUCCGCCUGGAGAUCGGGAAUGCAGAGGAGUUCAUUCCCGCCUACGAGCAGUUCAUGCAUGGCCAUGGUAUAUUGAGGGAUGAGUGGGCGAGAACGUUGCCCUUGUGGACCGGAAAAGCGGAGAGGCCAUUGGCCAGGCAGAUCAGGGAUAUGGCCCGAGAUUGGGAGAGCGGCAGGGUGCACUUGAGAGAGGCGUUCCGACGGCUAGAGCCGGCCCAGCCCAGAGUCGAGAGAUGCCAGAGGACUAAGAGGCAGAGGGACCCUGAACCCAGGGAGGCCAGGCCAUCUCGAGGAGGACAGAAGGCACUCGCCAAGCGAGAAUAGGAGUCAGUGCCUGAGACUGAAGGGCGAGGGGCAUAUCCUGAGUGCGGGCUAGGACCGGUGGAGUUCCACCAUUUUACUCAGGGAGGACUGGGAGGAUCUCAACAGCGCACACGAGAAGAGGGGCCAACGUCUGGAGAAUAUCUGCAAGAGUUGGAGGCGCAUCUGGAUGGACAAAGGGGAGAGGACAGUUGAGGGGGGCCGCUGAGACUUAUGUUGUAGUACGUAUGUCCAGUACAUCUGCGUCCUAGUGUCAAGGCAAUGAAAACCCAGGUUGGAA